AUGACACAGCUGGUCCACCACGAGAUUAAGACCCGUCCGGGAGUGGUGGUAAGACCACGGCCUUAUUGUGUCCCAGAGACCCACCACAAGGCUAUCGAGGAGGAGCUCGGCUGGAUUCUGCGGGACAACAUCAUAGAGGAGUUCGCCAGCCCCUGGUCCAGACCCAUCAUAGUUGUGCCGAAGCCCAAUGGAAGUAUGCACCUCUGCAACGACUUCUGGAAGCUGAGUCAGGUCUCACAAUUUAACAGGUAUCCCCUUCCCCAGGUGGACAACCUAAUGGAGCGAUUGGGGAGGGCCUGGUUCAUAUCCACACUGGACCUAACAAAAGGUUACUGGCAAGUAGCACUGGCCCCAGAGGCAAGACCAAAGACAGCCUUCAGCAUGGUAAAUGGCCACUGGCAGUACCGGGUUCUCCCCUUCGGGCUACACGGAGUGCCCGCAAGGUUCCAGCGACUAAUGGACACUCCUCCACUUGGUCAGAUCACCUGUUCCACUGGGGGAGGUCCUGAAGGAGGUCCGGAAGGCUGGGAUGACAGCCAACCUCAAAAUGAGCCACCUGGGGCUAACCGAGAUCUCACGAAGAAGGGCCAGCCAGACUGGGUGAAAUGGUCUGAAGAGGCGGAGCGGGCAUUCCAAGCCCUGAAGGAUGCUCUCACCAGCGCCCCAGUACUGCGUAACCUGGACUUCACCCUUCCAUUCACACACCCGGUCCUCUUCAUCAGCAGGAAGCUGUCCCCAGCUGAGAGGAGAUAUGCUGCUGUGGAGAAAGAGGCCCUGGCAAUAAAGUGGGCCAUCGAGGAGCUGCGCUACUACCUGACCGUUCGGCACUUCAUUCUGGUUAUGGACCAUGUCCCACUGCAGUGGAUGGCCAUGGCCAAAGAUACUAAUGCCAGGGUAAUCCUGGCAAGGGGAGAAUAUUGCCAUAUUCUGGAAAACCCUGAACAUCCUCUGCUGUCUAAAGAUGGAGAUGUGAUAAUUGGAGGUAUCUUUUCAAUACAUGAUGGUACACAGGCUGGGUCAAUGCCAUAUACCGAAAAACCUCAUCCUUUAAUCUGCAUUAGAUUUAACCUCAGUGAAUUACGCCUUGCACAGACCAUGAUUUUUGCAAUUGAUGAAAUCAACAGAGACAACAGUUUGCUCCCAAAUAUCUCAAUUGGUUACAGGAUAUAUGACGUUUGUCUAUCAAGAUUGUUAUCUAUGAAAGCAGCUAUGGCUUUGAUGAAUGGUAUGGAAAUAACAGCAAAUGGUGAUUGCGCUGGACAAGCCGUAGUACAAGCCAUCAUAGGGGAGUCAGAGUCUACUCCUACUAUAGCACUUACAAAAACUACAGGGCCUUUUAAGAUCCCAGUGAUAAGUCAUGCUGCCACAUGUGACUGUUUGAGCAACAGAAAAGAGUACCCCUCUUUCUUCAGGACCUUAGCAAGUGACUACUACCAGAGCAGAGCACUGGUAUAUUUGGUCAAGCACUUUGGCUGGUCUUGGGUGGGAGCUGUGAACAGUGAUAAUGAUUAUGGCAACAGUGGAAUGGCCAUUUUUCUAAAUGCAGCCAAAGAGGAGGGAAUAUGUGUUGAGUACUCUGAGAAGUUUGACCGGUCAGAUACUGCAAAAAUCAUAAAAGUGGCUGACAUUAUUAAGACAGGCACAGCCAAAGUAAUUAUCAUAUUUCUUGCCCACUUUGAUAUGAAAAUUCUAAUAAACCAGCUUAUUCUAAAAAAUGUCACUGGCUACCAGAUAAUUGGUGUUGAGGGAUGGAUUACUAAUGUUAAUCUAGUAACACCAGCAAGUUACAACAUAUUGUCUGGAUCCAUUGGUUUUGCUAUAGGAAAACUGAACAUUGGUGGUUUUGCUGACUAUGUUGUUAAUGAAUUUUGGCAAACCGCAAUCCCUUGCUUGCAUACUGAGGGAAACAUUUCUCAGACUGAAAACAACUGCAGCAAAUAUAAAGAUAUUAUUCAAUUUAAAAACUACAAUGAAGAUGUAUCUGAACUGAGGGCUGCAAAUAACCUGUACAAUGCAGUUUAUGCUGUGGCACAUUCUUUACACAGUCUGUUGAGGUGCACGGAAAACCAAAGUUGUGAGAAAGACAAAACAAUACAACCAUGGCAGGUUGUUGAGUCUCUAAAAAAAGUAAAUUUUACCAGCAAAUUAGGAGACCACAUUUUGUUCGACAGCACUGGAGCAACAGCGGCAAAGUAUGAUGUGGUGAACUGGCAACGAGGGAUCAAUGGAGAAGUGCAGUUUAAGGUUGUGGGCUAUUAUGAUGCCUCUUUGCCAAGUGGACAACAAUUUGUCCUAAAUUCUGAAGAUAUAAUCUGGGCUGGAGAGAAAGUAGAGAAGCCCAGGUCUGUGUGCAGUGAGAGCUGUCCUCCAGGAACCAGAAAAGCUGCACAGAAAGGAAGGCCUGUCUGCUGUUAUGACUGUAUACCAUGUGCUGAGGGAGAGAUCAGUAACCAGACAGAUUCAAAUAACUGUGAGCAGUGUCCAGGAGAAUUUUGGUCUAAUGCUGACAGAGAUAAAUGUGUGUUAAAGGUCAUAGAGUUUCUUUCAUUUACAGAGGUUAUGGGGAUAGUACUGGUAGUAUUUUCUUUAGUUGGAGCGGCAUUAACUGUGUUAGUAGCCAUUUUAUUUCUAACAGCAAAGGACACUCCCAUUGUUAAGGCCAACAACUCUGAGCUGAGUUUCCUUCUGCUGUUCUCUCUGACUCUGUGUUUCCUCUGUUCAAUUACUUUCAUUGGACAGCCCUCUCAGUGGUCCUGUAUGUUGCGACACACAGCAUUUGGGAUCACCUUUGUCCUCUGUAUCUCCUGUGUACUGGGGAAAACAGUGGUUGUACUAAUGGCAUUCAGGGCUACACUUCCAGGCAGUAAUAUCAUGAAAUGGUUUGGACCUCCACAGCAGAGAUUCAGUGUACUUGCCUUCACUCUCAUACAAGUUCUUAUUUGUGUGCUUUGGUUAACAGUUUCUCCUCCUUUUCCAUACAAGAACAUGAACUACUACAAGGAAAAGAUCAUAUUAGAAUGUAACUUGGGCUCAGCUAUAGGUUUCUGGGCCGUGCUGGGUUAUAUUGGAAUUCUUGCUUUCUUGUGCUUUGUUUUGGCUUUUCUAGCUAGAAAGCUGCCAGAUAAUUUUAAUGAAGCUAAAUUCAUCACAUUCAGCAUACUCAUAUUCUGUGCUGUGUGGAUCACCUUUAUUCCAGCUUAUGUCAGCUCUCCUGGAAAAUUUACUGUAGCCGUGGAGAUAUUUGCUAUUCUGGCCUCCAGUUUUGCUCUACUAUUCUGUAUAUUUACACCUAAAUGUUAUAUUAUUUUGUGUAAACCUGAAUUAAACACAAAGAAAAGUAUGAUGGGUAAAAUGGCAUCUAAAUCACUUUAA